GACAUGCCACCUCAGACGGCGCGAGACAGCACAGACCGGUCCGUGCCUAAUCCUUUACGACUCCAGCUGGGUUCUGGGGUGUCCUGAGUCGCGCCGCGGGGAAAGACGGAAUGUAAAGCUGGUCCCGAGGGCGUGGCCCCUCCGACCAAAGUCUCCAAUCAAGACGCCCUCCCUAAUGUCAGGGCGCAUUACGACUGUUGGUUGGAGGUGAUGGCGCAGGGCACAUGGGGUGUGAUUUCUCAUUCACAGAACAUCCGCCCACGGAACCCCUUCUGGGUGAUCAUUAGCUGGGGGUUGGGGAGCGCCACCAAACCGAGUCAUGAAUGAGGUCAGCUGAGCACGGCCUCCCAGGACCUGGCCGGAGCAUUGCCAUGGCAACCGGAUGGCCUAGGCAGUGCAGCAUUCGGGCCUGUGCAGUGGGCUCCUAGCGCUGCUGCGAGCGAGUGCAGAGCGCCGGGCAGCCACGAGUCGGGAAGACGACCAGAGCCUUCCACCCUCUGUCCUGCUGGGGACAGGGCUCUGUUGGCCGCGAGGCCAAGCUGGGAUGCACCGUCGCCUCGUGCUCUCCUGAGAGGCAAGAAGACUAAGGCCUCGCAGGAGCCCCGCCCCUUCCCCGGGAGGAAGUGGGGAGCCUAGUACGGCUCCAGCCUCCAUCCCUCUUCAAGGGGCUGUAGAUCUGUAAAAUAGUGACACGGAUCUCAAAGUUGUGAUGAGGAUGAAACCCUCGAUAGAGCAACCACCGUGGCACCACAAAGAGAUGAGAGGAGACAUGGAAAGCCCAAGACAUCAUGGGAAGUCCAACCAGGAGGGACACAUCUGGGGCUCCAUGAGGAGGACGGCUCUCAUCCUGGGCUCUGGGCUGCUCUUGUCUGUAGCCUUCUGGAACUCAGUCACAUGGCAUCUUCAGAGGUUUUGGGGUGCUUCUGGCUACUUUUGGCAGACCCAGUGGGAAAAACUGCUGUCUACAUUUGAAGGCAAUGAGUGGAUGCUGUUCCUUAUAGGUGCUGCCCUGGUGCCUGGGCUCUGCUUCUGGGGCUUCAAUGGCCUCCUGCUGGUGGUGGACACAACAGGGAAACCCACCUUCAUCUCCCGUUACCGCAUCCAACUGGGCAAGAACGAGCCGGUGGACCCUGUAAAACUGCGUCAGUCUGUCCGCACAGUUGUUUUCAACCAGACUAUGAUCUCUCUUCCCAUGCUGGUCAUCUUCUACCCUUUCUUCAAGUGGAGGGGAGACCCCUGCAGCCGAGAGCUGCCCACCUUCCACUGGUUCCUCGUGGAGCUGGCCCUUUUCACCCUCGCAGAGGAAAUCUUCUUCUACUACGCACACCGGCUCCUUCACCACCCAACGUUGUACAAGAAAAUUCACAAGAAACAUCAUGAAUGGACAGCACCCAUUGGUGUGAUCUCACUCUAUGCACAUCCUAUUGAACACGUGGUUUCCAACAUGUUGCCGGUUAUGGUGGGUCCUCUAGCAAUGGGCUCUCAUCUUUCCUCCAUCACUCUGUGGUUGUCCCUGGCCGUCAUCAUCACCACUAUCUCCCACUGUGGCUACCACCUGCCUUUCCUGCCCUCCCCUGAAUUCCACGACUACCACCACCUCAAGUUCAACCAGUGCUACGGGGUGCUGGGGGUGCUGGAUCACCUGCAUGGGACCGACAUCAUGUUUAAGCAGACCAAGGCCUACGAGAGACAUGUCCUCCUGCUGGGCUUCACCCCACUUUCAGAGAGCAUCCCUGAUCCUCCAAAGAAGAUGGAGAGUACUAGUCUGCUUGGACCAUCCAGAGUGUUUCCUCACAAGUAGGAGGUGUGAAGACUGCCUGGGGGCCAUGCUGCCCUUAACAACUUGCCUCUUUCGGCCACCAUACUCUGAGGACUGUACCAUUAGGGUAAAGGGAAUGCAAGCUUCCUGCCAGGACAAGGCCAUGGUAUGAUCUGGGCUUCUCUCAAACUCCUUCUCAUGUUCGUUAGGACCAGGAGUUGACUUAGGAAAGAACAACUAGCUAUUUGGGCUGGAGACCAUCCAAUGGAGAAAAGUCACUGAGAGCCUGGGGGAAUCCUUGGUCCUCGGCUCCAAUACCCCAAAGAGCUAGCUCCCCUGUGGCCUAGGUUGGAUACAGAGAACGGGGUGAUAGUGGGACUGGAGGCUUCCUGGCUCCACAAACUUCUUUCACACCCAUAGCCAGGGCACCCUGUGGUAGUCACAGGCCACAUGUGUUGACAUGCUAGAUGUGGUCCCUGCUUCCUACCAAGAAAGCCUGGUGACUUUUGCCCUCCAAAGAUACAAAUCCUUCAGAAGAAACAAUGACAGGCCACAAGAGCGGCUCAGUAUGACGUGCACCCCAGCCCCUGUGCCUUAGCCUGUUGUUAUUGGGGCUGAACUGGUGUGGGGGAAGACCCAAGUCAGUGCUCUCUAAACCCAAAAUAAUCUCCUCCCCCAACAACGAGCCUCAGAUGAGCCCAAAGGCAGUCUCAUCUUCCUUUAAAUGGCUGAUCAACAGUAAACAUGCCCAGGGAGUAGGUAGCAGUGAGCUUUUCUAGUCCAGUUUUCUAGGCCCCACCCUGGCAGCUCAUGCUUAGGAAGCCUGGGAUCCCAAGAACUUGGCAACUAGGUUGGAUCUGGAAGGCUGUCUCCAUUACCAUUUGCUAAAUCUCAGCACAAUUGUGCUGAGCUUACAUUUUCAGUUCAAGGUUACUCAAGACUCCCUAUUGUGGCUUAAAUAAAAUCCUUUUCUUAACACA